ACCUUGCUAAAUUCUCUAUGAAAAAUUACUAGGAAUAAUAUAACCUUUUACUUAUUUCCCUUUAAUAAUACCAAUUUUUGAUUAACCAUGAAUAAUACCAACUUAUAGUGGUGUUUCCCUAAAAUAUACCUAACAUGUUAAAAAUCAAACUAUAAGAGUUUAUAAGACAAAAAAAAUCGGUAAAUUAGUUAAUAAACUAAAGUUGGUAUUAUUCUAGGAAAAAAUCCCUUAAGUUGGUGUUAUGCAUGGUUAAUCAAAAGUUGAUAUUGUUGUAGGGAAAUUAACGAAAUGUUACAUUAUUCACGGUAAUUUUUCCAAUUCUAUUGAAAUUACAAGUUAGAAGUAAACAAGUAAUAUGUUGUGUGCUCAUCAAGUCAUUCUUAGGGAAUGUUGGCUUGCUUGUGGUAGCAGAAAACUGGAUAUUAGUUCCCCAUUUAUGUCAAGAGGUAGCCAGAAUACUCUUGCACUAACUGUGAAAACAGGGAAAGAAAACACACUAUGAAGAACUCCAAACAUUGUAAGGAAGGGAAUGUAGAAUCGAUUGAAGACAUACUGCGACUACUUCACCAUCUAGUGAAUCGUGAAGAUGGAGAAAACGUCACCUCUGAUCACUUCAAUGUGGAUGGAAGCAAUGUCGGUGCAGUGAUGAACGUGCGUCAAAGCUGUCCAUUGCCAGAUUGUUGCAUCAAUAUCUAUGUCAGUAACAAUAUUCAGGGGGUAAAUAACUCGAUUUUGGUUGGGAGUGAAGUGAAAAUGGGAGAACCUGGAGUUGGCUUAUCAUUUGGAGAUGUUAAGUGGGAGAAAGAUGGAAGUAAGAUGGAUAAGAUUAACUUUCCUCACAGUUUUAGGAGUAAGGCUUUGGUUCUAUGUCCUCUUGUUCUACUCAUCUCUCUUCUGUUUGCUCUGUUUCAACAUCGAAGAACAUGAGAAAAACUACCUUCCUUCGCGCUCAAGUUUUGGGGCGAUGACUUACCUUUAUUUCUGGCUAAAACAAUUAAAGUGAGUUUCUUGCUGGCUAACUAGUUGAAAAUAUGAGUAGGGAAUUGCGAAUUGCAAUGUGCUCUUGUUCCCUGUCGAUUGGCCUCUCCAAUAGACGCUUCAGAUAGAACUACAGGAGAUCAUAUGUUGAUAUCGGUGAUAUUGCUUUCCAACUUUUGAAUUUGUAUACUCUAUCUGGUGUUCUUCUUUAUUCUUUUUUAGUCGCAUGUUUUGCUUAUGUUCCGAAUCAAAAAGUUAUCUCCACAUUGAUCUUUCUGACAUCUUCCUAUGGUGUAUAUCUUAGUUCUUUGAUUACACAAUUUCUCCCAAGUUUAUAUAUUGAUCAAAUUGUCAUGAAACUUUUUAUUUGUUUUUACCUUUUUAUUCAAGUUAAGGCUAUAUAUGAAUUCCUCUUUAGUUUUUAUUUGAAUUUGACUCUACUUGAUUUCAACACAAUAUAAACGAUCCAAUCUAACAUGAAUCCUCCUUUAUUUAGCCGAAAGUAAACCUAAAAAUAAUCCACCCAAAUUUAAAACUUAUUGAUCCGACUCUAACUUGAUAUGAAUUGGUAUCAACUCGAACUCAACAUGAAGGAUUAGGGUUGACCUAAAACUCACAAGAU